CUUUGCGACCUCGACAGUGUUAGCCUCGUCUGAUCCUUGAUCCUCGCUCUGGACAUGGCUGGACCAUCUUUCAAAGGACCGACCUUUUUCGCCCCUGCAUCAAAGUUGCCGCGAAUCAUUUCAGUAGGGCAUACCGACAAUUCUACCCCGAGUAUGAGCUUUCAGGCGCAGAUAUGAAGAACUUGCUUGACCUCACGCAAGCCAUGUUCAUUCGACUACAACACCAUAACAGGCUCAGCAUUAAAGUGUUGGCGCAGAACUUGAGCGGUUCACCAGAUACGGAGAUCGAUCAUCUGGCCAGGAAGAUUGACCGCAAGAAUGUCUUGAAGAGGACAUGCGCAGAUGAUAUUAUCACGAUGCCGAUUCGCUUCACUACUGUGCACUGCUUGCACAAGGAAACUAUUACCCCGGUACGCCAGAGGCUGAGUGAACGAAUGGCGCAAAAUGUGGAAUGGAGAUGGGCGGGUCCUGAGGAAAGUAUUGUGGUCUUUGCGGAGGAAAGAGCAAGGCUCCGCCCAGUACCUAGCUUUCCUGGUACCCUGGGAAAAGUGGAAAAAUACUGCUAGGUUGGUGGUGUUAUUGUAUAUUGCGACUUUUCUUGCAUACUCGUUCCAUACUUUGAAUUGGAGGCUCUCCUAGCAUUACACGUCCUUUUACAACCCAAAAUAAUAUGCUACCUUGGGCACGACACCCUUAACAUAGUUUUGAUGGUGGUAGUACUUUGC